AUCAUAUCUUUCGGUAGUUGUUAAAAAUGGCGCCGGUUGGACUGCCUCCAGGUUUCCGGUUUCACCCGACGGACGAAGAACUCGUGAAUUAUUAUCUUAAAAGGAAGGUUCAUGGGCAAGAGAUUGAACUUGACAUCAUUCCUGAAGUUGAUUUGUAUAAAUGUGAGCCAUGGGAGUUGGCAGAGAAGUCUUUUUUACCGAGUCAAGAUCCAGAAUGGUAUUUUUUCGGACCACGGGACCGAAAAUAUCCGAACGGGUUCAGAACAAACCGAGCGACGAGGGCUGGAUACUGGAAAUCAACGGGUAAAGAUCGGAAAGUAACAGGACAAGGUCCGAACCAUGGCGCCAUUGGAAUGAAGAAGACGUUGGUUUAUUAUCGUGGUCGUGCUCCGCAAGGUAUUAGAACAGAUUGGGUCAUGCAUGAGUAUCGCCUCGAUGAUAAAGAUUGCCAAGACACAUUUAGUGUCCAGGACGCUUAUGCAUUGUGUCGCGUCUUCAAGAAAAAUGGUGUAUGUGUUGAGCUCCAAGAAACCGGACAUCCAAGCAUGUCGGUAUCACAAUAUUCUCCGACAGUAACAAAUGACUAUGAGACAAUGUCGCCGGAUGUUCCAGUGGCUUCAUCUUCGUGUGUGGAAGAAGACGAUAAAGACGAUUCUUGGAUGCAGUUCAUCACGGAUGAUCCAUGGUGUUCCCCGAAUAGUCCACAAGCGACGUUAACAAACUGAAGACAAAUUAAAACAUUUAUAAAAAAUAAAAUAUAAAAGAAAACAUACUUGUUUGACUUGUAUACUUUUUUUUUUCUUUUUUAAUGAAAUCGGUAACUAUACAUUGUUUUGAUGAACAAGUUGGUAAUUAUAACCCAUUGGACUCUUAAAUUGCUGGUGUAAUAUUCUUAAUUUGUAUUAUAACUAUUACUGUAAGAAAAGAUGCUAUUUAAAAGCAAAUACAUUUAUACAUUUGAUAUCGAGUUUAA